AUGGAGAGAGUCAAGCUCAUGAUUACUUAUGGUGGAGAAAUCCAACCUAGGCUUACUGCUCUUCAUGAUCAUCGUCGUUAUUCCUACAUCGGUGGAGACAAUAAAAUCAUCACCGUCGAUCGUAAUAUCAACUUCUCCGACCUCAUGGCAAAGCUUUCCUCAUUCAUGGUUUCCAAUGUUUGCUUCAAGUAUCAACUCCUUGGUGAAGAUUUUGAUGCUUUGAUCCCAGUUUAUAACGAAGAAGAUCUCAAUCAUAUGAUGUUCGAGUAUGAUCGUAUGUGUCACUUUUCACGAAAGCCUGCAUGGUUGAGGGUCUUCCUCUUCCCUGUCCCUGUUAACAACAACAAGGCAUCUUUUGAUUCUUUGGCUUCUGCUAUCAAGCUCAAACAAUUUUCCGUCAACUCGCUCAAUUCCGUUCAUGUUCCUCCUGUAGAAGAUUUAUCUCCUCUUACUACACCUCCACCUCCGCAAUCGACGAGGAGUCAGAUUGAAUUCCCAAAGACUUCUCUGGAUUUUGCGCCUAAGGAUACGGUCACAAAAACUAAGAUGAAGCAAUUUCAUGGACUGCAUAUCGUGAAUGAUGAAUUUGAAGAUAUUCUAAAACUGUUUUUGAAGCGUAAUUUUUCAAAGAAGAAGGAAUUUCAUGGACUACACAUCGUGAACGAUGAAUUCGAAGAUAUUCUACAACUGUUUUGA